ACUUAGUCUUUUAGUAAAAUCCUUCUUCAUUCAACAUACAAAAUAAUAUUUAAUAUAUAUUUUUAAAUCAAUUAUAACACAUUUUGCCUUAUUUUACCAACCAUGAUAUUACUUUCCAAAUUUACCAACCAUGGUAUGACACGGUGCAAUGACCAAAAUUCAUGCAAUGACCAAAAUUAAUCCUCCAGCUUUUAUUGGUUUUCUUAGGGCUCCCAUCGAAUAUGUCAAAUUACCAUAGUAAAACAAUUCCUUCUUAUUCACCCCGAAUACUUUACUUUCACAAAAGCCUCCAUCCCAAGUUUCCAAUUUAAAAAGAUUCCUCAAAUCUUUUCCAAAUUUCAUUAUACUGCAUAUAUAUCUCAUGAAGACAAAACAAACCUAGACAUAUAUAAUUAAAUAUAUAGAAUUCCCAUCUCAAUAUCCACGGCCGGUCCUCCAUCAUUCCUCCUUCAAGCAUAAGUUCUCUCCAUCCUGCCUCAUAUUAUCGAUAAGUCACACGCAAAUUUCAUCUGGUGCAAGAUCAUGGCUCCACAGGUAAGUCUUGAAGUUUCUUCAUCUUCAAAAUCUAUACAUACUAAUUGUACACGCACCCCUGCUGCACUUGUUUCAUUUUUUCUUUUGUAUCCCUUGUUGAUAAGCUUCUCUACCUCUUAUUAAUGGGAGCCAAUACCACCCCAAGUACUACCUCUGCGUAGAAACGGCCUCCUAAUAAAGAGCUUCUUUUCCCUCCAAACGAUGAGACAACCUGUCUAUAGAAAGAUAAUUGGUUCGAUGAGGACAUAAAUUUAUCAAAACUGCAAAACAAAAAAUAAUGAGGCUCACGAUCCAUCUCCACAGCCAAAGACCACCAAUAAAAACAAAUCGUCAUAUGUGGAACAGCUUGACCAGGCUAUCAAUCACACCAAAGAUGCUAUUGGUGACAGGAUUUUGAUUGAGAGAAGCCAACUCUACCAAGAAAUUAUCCUUGGCCCCCGAUUCAAAGACAAAAUGCUUUGUGAAGUUAAAGCUAUAUUUCAAACUCGCUCGGAUAGAAUUCUACCAUAUCCUCAACAUCCUUAGAUUGGGCUAAGUGGAAAGACUCUAAAUCUUUCAAGUCGUGGCCGGUCACACCUCCGGAGUAGAUUACAUGGGUGGAUCGAUUGGACCCCUAUUAAGGCAGUACCUGGAAGAAAUUUGGAAUUUAUGUUGCGAUACAUCUAUCCUGUCUUGACAUCCCAUGCGACAAGGGCCUGAUUGCAGCUGCACUUUGCUUUUGGUCUUUUGUUUCUAAUGUUUUUUAUUUUUGGUUUGGAAUGAUGACACCAACCUUGAUGGAUCUAGCUGUUCUGCUCAGCCUUAGACCUCAUGGCAAACUUUUGCCUAUUACAGCUCUAUCUUGAGACGGCCUACUGCAUUAUGAAGAAGCCAACUUCCCAAAGCAAGAAGCUUCUUACAACCAUUUCCUGAAGAAUAUCCAAGGUAAAGACAAACCACCCUGGUUCAAGAACACCUUUCUUUUCUUCUUAUGUGGUUGUGCAGGUACAUCUUUUGCGUGCCUUCGAUGCAAGUGACAAAAGUGUACAUUCAUAUAGCUGAAGCUCUUGUUGUUGGUUCACCCUAUGCAUUUGGACCGCUUGUUCUUGGUCACCUAUACUGGGAAAUCAACAAUGUUGUCACUACUAACAUGGAUCCGCAUCACGCCUAUCCUCUGUGGAUAUUGCAGCUUUGGCUCCAUUCUUACGUUCCUGAGAAGAGGCCAUCUCUGUCCAUAAGCCAACCCAAUACACUUCUAGGCCAUCAAAUCCUUCAAAAUGGUUUGCAGGGACAUUCGGCCAAAGAUUGCUUUGACUUCUUCUGCUCCACAGAUCAUCGGGCUCCGGAGACUUUUUCUGUGCUGACCAGAUAUCCUUUUUUUCCUUCUUGGUUGAGUACUGAACUUAAUCAUUGCCAGGGAAUAGAGAAAAACCUUCCAUUAAUGAAGACUUUGAAGAUUAUUUGGUCUAGCAUGCUGAUUAAUCAGGAUCUUCCUUUCGGCCGAAAAUUCAAAUCCAAUCAGUGCGGUGUAGAAGUUUACUGUCCAAACCUUGUGGCUCAACAAUUUGGUCUUUGCCAAGCUAUUCCUGUACCAUAGGUGUCUUCCCAUAAUCUUUGUUCCAUAGAUCGGCCAUCCUUUUCCUCAAUCAAUGAAUUCAGGAAAUGCAAUACUACCUUUAAGCAAUCCAGUUAUUCUUUCAAGUACAGUGUCUUCUUGUCUAAUCCGAAUACCACUUGGAACUUCAAUGAUUGGUGGACCAAGAUUGUCAAUGCUGUGUUCCAGUGUUCUGUUGAGAAUGUUGCCAUUUGUGUUUUUUCCAAACACAAUCCCACCACUAAAGCUAUCGAUGGUCAGUCUGCACAAACAGUGGAUUCAUUUCUACUUCCAUAUUCCAACCAAUCUCUAGACAUUAGUAAGUUUUUUUGUAAAAAAUAGCCUUCAGCAAAUGCAGUUUUACCUGAACUACCUGUUUUACUCCUGCAAGUUGUUCAUCUGACAUUAGUAACUUUUAUCUCCUUCAUCUGCCGAUGAAACCAUUACCAAAAAACAAAAAAAGUGGGACAACCCUAUACCCCCGAAUCAGGUAUAACUUAACACCGUAAAUGUGGUUUUAGUGUUAUUUAUAUUAAAAUUAACUUUUCUGAUAAAUGUAGAAAAAACCACUUCGGGCACGUGAAGAUUAAAAGGUUAUCGUCCCAUCUUCUCAUGGUAAUCAAUCUCCAACAAAUGACAUGUAUAGUGAUAUUAUUGAUGUAGAGAAUGGCCAAACUUUGGGCAAACACUCUCCUUCUCCUUUGGCCGAAUCUUCUAUUUUGCCCUUGGUUUCUUCGGCCUCGUUUGCUAUUCCCAAACCUCCCACUGUCACAACAGGAAACAAAUCCAAGGAAUCUUUCAUUUUUCCAGCUAAAUUUGACAUUGGAGAGAAUACUUUCCUUGAUGUUGAUGACCUUCUAAGACCAGUGUCGCCUAUUCCAGCUGUAGAAACUCCAAUUGUCACUCAAACUGAAGCAGACGAUUUUGAAGUUGAAAAAGUCCAAUUAGGUUUUGACUAUGUUGUUAGCCUUUUCAAAGGAGGUUUUGAGGCCUUAACUAAAGAUGAAGCACGAGAAAAAUUAGACAAGUCAUUCGGUGUCAUUAGCAAUACUUCUUUACUGCACGCUAGCGUCCGUUCUCGUGCCUCUGAGAUCCAUGCCACUUUUCAUUAGGAUGUGGAUUCCUUUUUAUCUACACAGUGGGAUAUUGAUGAGGCCAAAAAACUUUCCACUUCUUUUUCUAAUCUCCAAGCUAAUUUUGCUUCCUUACAUGCUGACCAUUCUGUAAAAAAGCAAGACGCUAUUGCUCUAGCUAUUGAGAUCAUGGAGUUAAAGGAAAAACUAUCCACUGCAGAAGCUAAUCUCAGGGAAAAAGUUAAUCAUGCCAAGAACUUGUCUACUCAAGCCACUUCUAUCAAAGAGAAAAUUAUUACUACCAAAGAGAAGAUCAAAGCAAUUAGAAACAGGAGAUCUCAAGCUAAAGAAACAAUCCAGCGCUAUAAUGGUUUAUGGGAAGCUUUAAAAAAAAUAGCUUAUGAUGUAUUUGGAGAGCAGUAGCUUUUUUAUUAUUUUUUAUUCUCUAGACAUUUUUUAUUUAUUUUGUUAGACUAGUAACUUUAUGGCUCCUUAAUAAAUUUAUUCUUAGCCAU